GAGCAAGAGGAGUCGGUGUUCACUGCGAGACGCCCAGAGUACCUUGAAUGGUUCCAGGCAGCAACAGCAAGCGGCGAGGAGCUGAAGGUGCAAUUGAGGUAUAUGAACAUGCGCAACAAGUACAACAUCAGUCCGGUAGGGGUGAUCCACGGCGGGAGUGGUCUGCAAGGUAGUUGGGAAAUCCCUGAGCGAUGGACCACUGUGGUGAAUAAGGGGGAUCGAAUCCUGUUCUUGGAACCGGACGAAACGCUUCGUGCGGCCUUCGAGACGAAGGUUGACUCGCUCAUGAGCGCCGACCUUCCUUACGUGGAGAUGACGGUAUCGCUCGGCCGCCGGCCCGUGCCACGUCGCGCGGGUUUGAAACAGUU